AUUGCAGAUCAUCAGUCGAGCUUUUACAUUCGUGUGCUAUACAACCCCCCUUACAAUAAGCCUUAAGCACUGAAUACAAAAUGAAAAUCUUCUUUGUUGUGAGUCUGGCUGUUAUGGCCUCUUUGGCUACUGCCGAUGUCAGUGAGUUGCAAAAAUACAAUUAUCCUGCCCCAUCAUCGGCAUCCAACGCAGUGGCUUCCUACAGUCCCGGCCAUCAGUCUUACUCUCAAUCCUCUCAAAUCCAUGUGGAAUCGAUUAGACCUUCAGUGGCUGUAGCCAGUUUCACCAUGCAUCAUACAACUGGUGCUGAAACUUCUGCCCAAUCGGUCUCUACCUCUGGAUCUUACAGUUCUGCCACACAACAACAGCAAGGUUAUUCUGCUCCAGCUGCUGGUCCAUCAAGUGAGUAUCUCCCACCGGCCAGCUCUCAUGUUCAUGAGCAAACAUAUAACGCUGCUGCUGAAGGAUCUCACUCAUAUGAAGGUGCUGCUAACAAUGGUGCCUACAACUAUCAGCCAGCUGCUGCUGCUCCAGUACAACAACAAUCCUACACAGCUCCAGCUGCUGCUCCAGUCCAACAAUCAUACUCUGCACCCGCCCCUGUCCAGCAACAAUCGUAUGCUGCUCCUGCCCCUGUCCAACAAAGUUAUUCUGCUCCUGCUGCUGUUUCCACCGGUACUUAUAACUAUCAAGCACCAGCUGCCGCUACUGCUCAACAAUCCUAUGCCGCUCCCGUUCAACAAAACUAUGUCGCCCAGCAAUCCUACUCUGGUGCUGAACAGACUCAACAAUCCUAUGCUUCAGCUUCCUCUAGCAGCGUUGCUGUAGACAACGGUUCCUACAACUAUCAACAACCUGCUCCAGCUGUUGUGGCCCAAGAACAGGGAAGCUAUUCCGCCCCUGCCCAACAAACAUAUUCUGCUCCAGCUGCUGCUGCUCCAGUUCAACAAACCUAUUCCGCUCCCGCUGUUGCUGACAAUGGUGCCUAUAACUAUCAAGGACCAGCUGCCUCAAAUGUUCAGCAAUCGUACUCGGCUCCAGUACAACAGGAGUCCUACUCUGCCCCCGCCCCCGCACAAGAAACCUACUCGGCCCCAGUCCAACAGAGUUAUUCUGCCCCAGCUGCUGCACCUGUCCAACAAUCCUACUCUGCACCAGCCCCGCAAGAAUAUGCCCAACAAUCUUACUCCAAUACAGCUGAUAACGGUGCUUAUAAUUAUCAAGGUCCUGCUGCCGCCUCAGUGCCCGUUCAACAACAAUCAUACCCAGCACCAGCUGUUGCUCCAGCACCCACUCCAGUUCAACAGAGCUACUCUGCCCCUGCCCCAGUCCAACAAACCUAUACAGCUCCAGCUGCUGCACCAGUUGACAAUGGCGCCUAUAAUUAUCAAGGACCCGUUGCUGCAUCGGCUGCCGUUCAACAACAAACUUACUCUGCCCCCGCACCUGUACAACAAUCCUACUCUGCUCCAGCAGCAGCUGCUGCUCCAGUUCAACAACAACAAUCCUAUGAGGCCCCAGUUGCUGCUGCCCCAGUCCAGCAAUCCUACUCUGCCGUCACAGUUGAUAACGGUGGUUACAGUUAUCAAAAUUCUGCCAGUCAACAACAAUCCUACACAGCCUCAUCCAGCGCCGAAUCUCAUGCUACCCAACAAGCCACCAACCAAUACUCUGUUCCCGCUCCACAAAAGGUUACAUUCCCCGCCAGCUCAGGUCAAGAUGUUGGCACUGUUUAUGGUUCAAAUGGCGGUUAUGUCUAUAGCAGAAGACACUAAAUGGAAAAUAUUUCCACAUUCAGUUGUGAUAUGAAAGGAUUUUUUUCGGAACCCAAAAAUUCCGAAAAUGUAGUUUCAUUGUUAUUGUUGUUUUUAUAGUACAUUGUUAGAAUAAUUUUUAGCUCAAUUGUUGUUAUCUUUUUCGAUUAUCAUCAUUUCAUUUUUGUUUUAGUUUUAUUAAAUAAAUGACGAAUU